UGUUGCUGCAAUGUGUGUUUUGUAUCUAACCUAUUAGGACUAUUUUGUCGGAUGAAAGUUAAACUCUAAGCUAAACUCUAACUUAAAAUAAUCCUACAUAAUAAUAUCUUAAACAAGAUACGAUUAAGUAUUAGUUGGUUAUUUCUGUAUUUUUUUAAUUACUUGACACAUUUAUUUGAAUGUGUAAAAUCCAACGACCUGUCACAUUAAAAACGUCGGUGAUACAUUUCAAACUAAAGGUUGAAUUUUAUAAUAUCGCAAAGAUGUCUGGAAGUAAAUGUCGGAAUUGUGGUUCUACUGACAUCGAAACAGAUCCAGCUAGAGGAGAUGCAGUUUGUACAGAAUGUGGUUUUGUAUUGGAGGAUCAACUUAUUGUCAGUGAGACAGCAUUCAAAGAGACCCCAUCUGGAAAUAUGAUGGUACUUGGUCAGUUUGUUGCUAAUGAUAGUACUGGUGGAGCUACAGGUUUUGGUGCAGCAUAUCAUGUCAGUGGAAAAGAAUCAAGAGGAAUAACUUUGCAAAAUGCGAGAAAAGGAAUAACUCAUUUAUGUAUGCAGUUACGUUUGAAUCAACAUUGCAUUGAUACAUCCAUGAAUUUUUAUAAAAUGGCCUUAAAUCGUCAUUUAACUCGAGGAAGAAGACAAGCUCACAACCAUGCAGCUUGUGUGUACAUUACUUGCCGUACAGAAGGCACUGCACAUAUGCUUAUUGACAUCAGUGAUGUUCUUCAAAUUUGUGUUUAUGAAUUGGGACGCACAUAUUUACGGUUUACACAAGCUCUCUGCAUCAAUAUACCUUCGGCAGAUCCAUGUCUAUAUAUCAUGAGAUUUGCGAAUAAACUGGAAUUCGGGGAUAAAAGUCACGAAGUAUCAAUGACAGCAUUACGAGUCGUUCAAAGAAUGAAGAGGGAUAGCAUACACAGUGGACGUAAACCAUCGGGCCUAUGUGGAGCUGCGUUGCUGAUGGCCGCUCGGUUACAUGAGUUUAACAGAUCGCCCGCAGAUAUCAUAAAAAUUGUGAAGGUGCACGAAACCACGUUACGCAAACGACUUAUAGAAUUCGGCGAUACACCAUCGAGCGCAUUAACGCUCGAAGAGUUUAUGACGGUCGACUUGGAAGAGGAACAGGACCCGCCAGCUUUCAAAGCUGCGCGGAAAAAGGAUCGAGAACGAUUGCAAAGGUUGGAAAAUAUAGAUACUGAAAUAAAUGAAUUGCAAGCUGAGAUUGAUAAACAUUUGGAAGAUCGCAAAGCAGGAAAACCAAAGAAACGGAAAGGUGAUGAUUGCAUAGAAAACGAAGACACGGAAAGAUUUGUUAGAGAAAGUAAUUUAGAUGUAAUUAAAAAUUACGUUGAAAACGAUAUAGAUGAUUCCGAUAGUGAUAUUCACGAUUCCAAGUCGAAAAAUGCCAAAAAUCAUUUGAUCACUGGACUUGGACCAAACAUUGCUUCCAUGGGAUUAAUAUCAACGACCGAUAGAGAGAAUGACUUAAAAGAUCAAGAAACCACAGCAUUUGAAACCAAUUCUGGGGAGAUCGAUAUCACAGAUUUGGACGAUGACGAAUUAGACAGUUACAUUAUGUCGGAUAAAGAAGCGCAGUUCAAACAUAAUUUAUGGAAUAAAGUGAAUGCUGAGUAUCUCACUCAACAGAAAGAAAAAGAGGAGAAGCGCCAAAAAGAAAAAGAAGAGGGUAAGCCAGAGAAGAAACGGCGUCGAACUACUAAACGUAAUAAAAACCAAGUACCAGCAAAUUCUGCAGGAGAAGCAAUUGAGAAAAUGUUGCAAGAAAAGAAAAUCUCAUCUAAAAUUAAUUAUGAAGUGCUGAAAAGUUUAAACGUUACUAUAAAUACAUCAAAUAAAGAGCAACAAAAAACUGAAGACUUUGUUCAGCCAACCAAGUUGGAAACAGAUACUUUAACUUGCAAUGAAACGUCUAAUGUGUUUGAUGCACCGAAAUUACAAGAUAAACCAAUUGUAACAGCAAUAAGAAAAUCUCGUUUAGUUAAGCCCCAUAUACAAAAAGUGAAGAAAGAAGAAGUACAUCGGGCCGUUGAAGUAAAAGAUAACGUAGCUGAAGUUACAACCUCAAAAGUAGAUGCCUGUGAUAUGGAUGAAACUGAUGAUUAUAUUGACGAGGAUGUUGAAGCUGACCCUACAGAAAUGACUGUUGGACAAAUGCUCGGACGUCAUGCAUCAGAAAAUGAAAAUGAUUUUGGCUAUGGAUAUGAUGAAGAAGAUUAUUAAUUAUUUAUAAUUCUGUAUAUAAUUAUUUAUUUUAACUGUAAUACCACUAGGAAUCAGUAAAAAAGACUGCAUUUAUCUAUGUACAAAGUAAAGCAUUUAAGAAUUACUGUAAUCCUUAAUUUAAUUUCGGAUUUGCUGUAAUACUUCCUAUUGUAUUUUAUUUUAUAAUACAAUAAGUAAAAUGUACUUGUUAAUCAAUUUGUUAUAUAGCAAAUAAAUUGUGUACU